AUGCCAUACCUCAGGACUGAAUCGGAAUUGCCUCGUGGCGCCGAGGUGACCACUGAUGCCUUCGAGAAACUCGUGCAGGAUUUGAGCGCUGCAUUGGGUCCAAGCUCGGGUCUUGACUCCAGCGAUGUCGACCCCAUGCAAAUACAACUUUUGAUGGAGGGAUAUGCAUCAAAUCCAGAUGAAUGGUCCUCAUACGCACUUGGCGAUGCCAGCCGGACAUACACCAGAAACUUGAUUGACGAGGGCAAUGGCAAGAGCAACCUGCUCAUUCUCGUCUGGAGCCCUGGGAAGGGAAGUACAAUCCACGAUCACGCAAAUGCACACUGCGUGAUGAAGAUCCUCAAGGGCAAACUCCAGGAGGAUCUCUACUCUUGGCCUGAUCAAAAGCAGAUCGAGAACGGUGAAUCAUGUCCACCUCAAUUGACCAAGCAGACGAUCUACGGCGAGGAUCAGGUCACUUACAUGUCCGACAAACUUGGUCUGCAUCGCAUUUCUAACCCCGACCCAAAUGACUUUGCCAUCUCUCUACACCUCUACACACCACCCAAUGCCGCAAUCCAUGGGUUCUGCAUCUACGAUGAAAGAACUGGCAAGGCCAGGCACAUCAAGCAGACCAAUUUCUACUCAUUCCGUGGUCAGCGCCUCAACGAUGGACAAGAAUAA